AGAGCGCAGACCUCUCCGCGGGGAUCAAGAGGACGCGGCGCGCUGGCGGCCGCCCCUGGCCUCGCUCCGGCUCGCACUGCGGCGCAUCGCUGCGUCCCGGGCUCCGACUCGGAGCGCACAGCUCGCGCCCUGGGCAGCGGCGCGUCCCGGGAGCCCCGACUGCGGGGCAGGGCGCAGGGCGGCGGCCGGCUGGGGAUGGGCGGCCCGGCUGCGGCGUGGACGGGCGCCGGGGGGCUCCGAGCGCUGCUGCUGGCGCUGGUGGCCGCGGGGGUCCCGGCAGGCGCCUACAACCUCGACGCGCAGCGCCCGGUGCGCUUCCAGGGCCCGGCGGGUUCCUUCUUCGGCUACGCGGUGCUGGAGCACUUCCACGACAACACGCGCUGGGUCCUUGUGGGUGCACCGAAGGCAGAUUCUAAAUAUAGCGCUUCAGUGAAGUCCCCCGGAGCUGUGUUUAAGUGCCGCAUCCACACCAACCCUGACCGGAGAUGCACCGAACUGGACAUGGCUCGAGGGAAGAACAGGGGUGCGCCCUGUGGGAAGACCUGCAGGGAAGACCGAGAUGAUGAGUGGAUGGGGGUUAGCCUGGCCAGGCAGCCCAAAGCAGAUGGCCGUGUUCUGGCCUGUGCCCAUCGCUGGAAGAACAUCUACUAUGAAACUGACCACAUCCUGCCCCAUGGAUUCUGCUACCUCAUCCCGUCCAACCUCCAGGCCAAAGGCAAGGUGCUGAUCCCCUGUUACGAAGAGUAUAAGAAGAAGUACGGGGAGGAACAUGGCUCCUGCCAGGCCGGGAUGGCAGGCUUCUUCACUGAGGAACUGGUGGUCAUGGGUGCCCCAGGCUCAUUUUAUUGGGCUGGGACGGUCAAGGUGCUGAAUCUGACUGACAACACAUACUUUAAGCUGAACGACGAUGUGAUUAUGAACAGGCGGUAUACCUACCUAGGCUAUGCAGUGACUGCCGGCCACUUCUCUCAUCCGUCCAUCACCGACGUGGUAGGAGGCGCCCCACAGGAUGAAGGCAUCGGAAAGGUUUAUAUAUUCAGAGCUGACCGGAGAUCAGGGACCCUUGUAAAGAUUUUCCAGGCUUCAGGAAGAAAGAUGGGCUCUUACUUCGGCUCCUCCUUGUGUGCAGUUGACCUGAACAUGGACGGCCUCUCUGACCUGCUCGUGGGGGCCCCCAUGUUUUCUGAGGUCAGAGAUGAAGGGCAGGUUACUGUCUACCUCAGCAAAGGAAAUGGAGUCCUUGAGGAACAGCUGUCCCUGGCUGGAGAUGGUGCCUACAAUGCUCACUUUGGGGAGAGCAUCGCCAGCCUGGGUGACCUUGAUGAUGACGGGUUCCCAGAUGUGGCUGUCGGCGCACCCAAGGAGGAUGACUUUGCUGGUGCGGUCUACAUCUAUCACGGUGAUGCCAGUGGGAUUGUCCCCCAGUACUCGAUGAAACUGUCCGGGAGGAAGAUAAACCCAAUCCUGCGGAUGUUUGGGCAGUCCAUCUCAGGGGGCAUUGACAUGGACGGGAAUGGCUAUCCUGAUGUCACCAUCGGAGCCUUCCUGUCCGACAGCGUGGUCCUCCUCAGGGCCAGACCGGUCAUCACUGUAGAUGUGUCCAUCUUCCUCCCAGGCUCCAUCAACAUCACGGCACCUCAGUGUCAUGACGGACAGCAGCCUGUGAACUGCCUAAAUGUCACCGUGUGUUUCCGGUUCCAUGGCAAGCAUGUGCCAGAAGAAAUCGAUCUGAGCUACAACCUGACGGCUGACGUGGCCCAGAAGGAGAAGGGCCAGCUGCCCAGAGUGUAUUUUGUGUUGCUGGGAGAGACUGCCAGCCAGGUCUCAGAGAAGCUGCAGCUGACCCACAUGGAUGAGACGUGCCACCACUACCUGGCCCAUGUCAAGCGGAGGGUCCAGGAUGUCAUCAGCCCCAUCGUGUUUGAAGCUGCCUACAGCCUGGGUGUGCACCAGACUGCUGAGGAGGAGCGGGAGCUGCCCGAUCUGACCCCCGUGCUACGCUGGAAGAAGGGGCAAAAGAUCGCCCAGAAGAAUCAGACGGUUUUUGAAAGGAAUUGCCGGUCUGAGGAUUGUGCGGCCGACCUGCAGCUUCGGGGGAAACUGCUGCUUUCUAGUGUUGAUGAGAAAACCCCAUACCUAGCUUUGGGGGCUGUGAAGAAUAUCUCUCUAAACAUCUCCAUCUCCAACCUUGGGGACGAUGCCUAUGAUGCCAAUGUGUCCUUCAACGUUUCCCGGGAACUCUUCUUCAUCAACAUGUGGCAGAAGGAGGAGAUGGGUGUUUCCUGUGAGCUGCUGGAAUCGGACUUCCUCAAGUGCAGUGUGGGAUUUCCUUUCAUGAGGUCAAAGUCCAAGUACGAGUUCAGUGUCAUCUUUGACACAAGCCACCUGUCCGGGGAGGAGGCAGUUCUCAGCUCCAUCGUGACCGCUCAGAGUGGAAACGUGGAGCGCUCCGAGGCCCUGCACGACAACGCUCUCACUCUGACCGUGCCGCUGGUGCACGAAGUGGACACGUCCAUCACUGGAAUUGUGUCCCCAACGUCCUUUGUGUAUGGUGAGUCUGUGGAUGCAUCCAACUUCCUUCAGCUGGAUGACCAGGAGUGUCAUUUCCAACCCCUCAACAUCACUCUCCAGGUCUACAACACGGGUCCGAGCACCCUUCCUGGGGCAUCUGUCAGCAUCUCCUUCCCCAGCCGGCUGUCACCUGGUGGUGCAGAGAUGUUUCAGGUCCAGGACAUGGUGGUGAGCCAAGAGAAGGGCAACUGCUCUUUCCAAAGGAACCCAACACCCUGCAUCAUCCCUCAAGAACAAGAAAAUAUCUUCCAUACCAUAUUUGCUUUCUUCACCAAAUCUGGAAGGAAAGUGUUGGACUGUGAAAAGCCAGGGAGUUUCUGUCAAACAGUGCGCUGCAAUCUUAGCGCUCUCCCUAGAGAAGAGAGCCGCACCAUCGACCUGUACAUGCUGCUGAACACGGAAAUACUGAAAAAGGACAGUUCCUCUGUCAUCCAGUUCAUGGCUCGAGCCAAGGUGAAGGUGGAUCCCGCCCUGAGAGUGGUAGAGAUACCUAACGGGAACCCAGAAGAGACUCUGGUGGUCUUCGAGGCCUUGCACAACCUGGAGCCCCGUGGCUACGUGGUGGGGUGGAUCAUCGCCAUCAGUUUGCUGGUGGGAAUCCUCAUCUUCCUGCUGCUGGCUGUGCUGCUGUGGAAGAUGGGCUUCUUCCGCAGAAGGUACAAAGAGAUCAUCGAAGCCGAGAAAAACCGGAAAGAGAAUGAAGAUGGUUGGGACUGGGUCCAGAAAAACCAGUGACCCGUCAUGCCAGUCAUGUGAUGCCCUCAUGUUCCCAUCACCAGCCUGUGGUCCCUGAUCUUUGUAUCUUCCAUAUUUGGAAGAAAGAAAUCUUCUCCAGAUUUUUCGGAGGCCCCACUGAUGCUGUUCUCUUCCUCAUCCUGUCAAGCCCGGUGCCGACCUGAGAUGGCCACCUCCAGCCAGGUCACGUGACUGGGGCCACCACCACUUCCCAUUACAGACAAACUCAGAACUUCGGAAAGACAAGCUACAGAGCAAAGCCAUAUUUAUGGAUACAACAUUGCGUGGUCAACCCUCAGGGGAAAACUGUUACCUAAAAGUAUUUUUUAUAAGUGUAAGCAUUUUAUAUUGACCGUGUCUUUAUAUUUGUAUCGAUGUUUUAUUGUUUCUAUUAAAUAGUUCUAUAAUUCACUCAAGCACUGAAAUCUUGGACACAUAUGUACCUGCAUACAAAUUUUAAAAGAGAAAGAACUUAUUGUACUUUGGAACUUGCUGUUUAAAAAAAUGCAGAUAAAGUAAACUGAAGAGACCUCAUGAAAUGAAUCCAACAAGCUUGGAGUACUGCAAAAGGCACCAUGGAUAUGGCAAGACCACCUAAGACAUUUGCAAUUGUUAGCACCUGUUCAGAGCACUUGAAGAAGUAUCAGUGCUUUCUCUUGCGGACCUCUUGCUGGGAUGAAACAGGAGCUGGGAUGAAAAGCUUGUUUUCCUCACUGCGGAUGCUCUGUACCUCCCUGACGCAUGCAGCAAGCACUUCGCCCUCUGGAGUCAGCAAGCGCUGGAUAGACUACUGGUCAACCUCAGAAUAACAUCUCAUCCCAGACACUGUGCGCCAGGAUUCAAAGCCCAGGACUGAAGCUGUGCUCUCUCAGCAAAGACCUGUGUCUGUGUGUAUAUGGUGUUACCUUGCAAUGUAACUUCAGUUCAA